AUGGCUAUCACCAAGAAAUACUUUGUCGCAUUUGUUCUCACCAUCCUCUUUGUCAUGUCUUUCGUUCAUUGCUCUGAUAACACUUCUGGCGAUGGAAUAAAUCAAGAUUGGAAAAAUUGUUUCGGCCCAGAUCCAUGUAAGCAAGGAGGGACCCAAGGAUGCAUGGUGUUUUGUAGAAAAAUAAGUUUUACAUUAUAUGGUGAAUGUGCUCAUAAUCCUGAUCAAUGUUGUUGUGUGUCCAAGACGAAAUAA